AUGCAAGAAGAGCGUGAUGCAGCUCAAGCCAAGGAGGAGACUGAACGAAUGAAGGAACUCGAACAGCUCUUACAUGACUUGGACGAUACUCUAUCACAACCCGUUGAAGACAUAGUUCCCAUAGUGGAAUCAGUCAUGCAAUCUGUUGCAAGUAAAAUACAUGCUAUUCGAGGCUCGCAUGAUAUGAAAAUCAUUGCAGAAGAACUAUGUCAGUCCAAGCUCUUUACUGACGAGGGCGACCAGUUCGCCAAAAUACUGGCCAAACAAGAUAUCGAGAAACUGGAUGCAGACAAGGGAUACGUUGUCGUCUCUCUUCUCUUUCAUGUCGGUCAACUAUCGCCCAACGUCUAUAGAAGACUCGCUGAAGACGACUGGUUUACGAAAUUACGUGAUGUGGUGUUAUCGAGGGCUUGGGCUUCAGCUGUGUUUAAUAAGGGGGAUAGAAUGCAUCAUGCUGCUGCUCGAUUGCUAUAUGAAGUCUGUCGAGUACAGGAGUUGUCUAUAUCUGAAAUGGAGUUGCUCAACGAUGAACUGAUACAGUCGAUAUGUGACACCAUUGAAAGAACGAGAGACGAUCAUCGAGAGGAAUUCAAUUAUGAUCUGAUUCGAUUGCUGUUGAUAUUCAACGACCAAUUCACGAAGAAGAAUGCUCGAACCCUCGUCAUGAUAAACCGAGUGCUUAGCUCAGUAGGAAGCAGAAUCAGUCACAGCAAGACAUUGACUGAGAAUCUCGUCUUUAUGUUCAAUCGAGCUGAUGACAUGCCCACACAAAUUCUCUUGAUUGAGUUCCUCAAAGUGCUAUUUGAGGACUCCACGACUUGGGAUAUCAUCUAUACCAAUGAUUUGAGAAUCGUUUUGGAUGUGAUUGUUCGAGAGACUAGGAAUGUGGAAGAUGAGCUCCAAUACAUGUACAUAAACAUGCUACCACCACUACUCCUUAACACUAACCUCGGAGAACUGAAUUACAAAAAGGAAGAAACCUCUAAACUGUUGCAUGAACUGAUCCACGACCGAUUCGGACACGUCAGCUUACGAGUUAGAAAAGCUGCUGAAAAGGUGUUGGCUGAUACUGAAGCUAUAUUGAAUCAUUGA